CCCCGUAACGAGCCCCCUUGGGUUUUGACAGUGGGCUCUGUUCAAGCCAUUCGAGAAGGCUAUAGGCCGCAAACGACACAACAUCAGAGCGGACAACUCCAACUUCUAUCAUCGAUCGAAAAAAUGGGGAAUGAACAGUCAAAAAAAACUGAACCGCUGCCUCACAUCAGCCGACGGGACUACCACGCACCCUUCCCACCUAAACCAAAGAUAGACUACAAGGACCCCAGGAACUUUGUUCUGCCGAAGGAACUGCCAACAAAGACAUUGCGGCCAGUAAAGAAGAAGUUUGAACCGAUUCCGGGCAUACCGGAAGAGGAGGAAAAUGAGGAAUACACUGAUACGGAGAUUGACCGGAACAGUAAUCUUGGGAGUGUACAAAAUCUGAACUUCAUCGGGCUGAAUGGAUCAGUCGAGUCCAUCGAUAAACUGAACAGUGUCGCGAAUGGUUUUACUCUUGGGAAUGGGGUGGUGUUAAAUGGACAUGCUCCAGUGAUUGGGAACGGGGAUGUGGCGGGGAGGCAGAAGAAGAAGAAUCCUGCGCCCCCGCCGCCACCGCCGCCGCCGCCGCCGCAUGUUCCCGGCACAGAUGUACACUAUCCACAUCCGUAUCUUACCUCACAGAGUAACUCUACCUCAAGCCUGAACUCGGCACAAUCUCAAGCACAAUCACACACGUCUUCGAAUCAUAGCGCAGACGACAAAACAAAGACAAUCAACGGGAAUCAAAACAUGAGGCGAUUCAGUGACGGCAUGAAAAAUGAACUCAUUGAGCAAGUCCGUACAAGAAUGAAGAGACCCCCAAAGAAACAGGAACCAAUCGAAAAGCCGAAAACGCCGCUGGAAAUAUUUCAAAGUGAACUUGCGUCUGUUUCUGCUCGAAUGGAAGAGAAGCGAGCCAGUAGAUCGGAUUGGAAUGCUUUUGAAAAGAAACCACCGCCUGUAAUUGACGUUGGACAUAAGUUUGCUGAUCAGAAUAAUGAUGACGUCACACUUGGAGCUGCAAUUCAAAUUCUUCCGCUCAACAAGCAGCCGAAUGGCCGAAUCUUUCGCAAGAAAGACGAACCUGCUGUUGCCCACGCGCGGUCACAUGAUUGGGUCCCUGAACAUGAUCUUGGGUUCGAAGAAAACAAAGACGAUGAUCAUCCUAUUGUUGUUACGAAUCUGAGCACAGAUGACGAGGUCAUGUAUCGUUCAGGUUUGCAAUUCAAAGCUAAUGAGCCCAGCUUAGGCAGCGCGAGGCAUUAUCGUAGCAGGUCAGCUGAAGGCGAGGAGAGGACACCACGGUCUGAGAAGAGAGAAGAACGGAAAUCUUCCUACAGCAAAUACUCCAACAGUUUACGGGCCUUUAAGAGAAACAUGCAGCAGAUGUUCAACAGUCUGGGCAAGAGUUCUAUUGGCUCCAAAGAGCGCGGCUCCGUACUUGAUCUGUUUGAGGACACGGCAAAGUUAGAGGACUUGGACGAUGAGCUGGCGUCGCUGGAUGAGAUUGAUGAGGAACCUUUAGAUUUGCGGGGAUCGAGACGGGUGACCUUCAGUCCGCAGCCAGCGCAGAUGAGAGAGGUCGUGUAUUAUCCAGGAGAAAGGGACCAUCGGCGCUUCUCCGAAGGGUAUUAUCCUCCGAUGUACGCCCCAAGACGACCUCCUCCUUUUGACCCCUGGUACCAUGAGGCGAUGCAUUAUCCGCCGCCGCCGUACCGAUAUGUGGUGCCGGAGGGACCCGCAAUGUACGGGCCUCCUCCAGAUCGGAGACUCCUUGAAAUGGAUUACUAUCACCAGAUGGAGGACUUUCACUACUACGACCCUAACAGCCCAAGUGGGAUGUUCUACGGGCGAUAUGGAGCAUCAACCACACCACCAACGGAAAAGAAGAAAACGAAAGGAAAGCUGUCCCUGCGAUCACGCCGGCGGAAGUUAUUAGAGGAAGCUAGACUAAAGCGCCAGCUAGCGGAGGAGAUACUCAAGAGAGACAUGCGAGAAAGACAACGAAUGAAAAAUGAUAAAAUACAGAAAAAGGAGUAUAAUGCAAAUUGGGAAAUGUUGAGGGACGAUAUUCAGUAUGAUUCUGGAUUAGUCAGCUCGCGGAUACGGCCGAACAAAAUGGCCAAGGAGCGCAUUCAUCAUCAGCGUAGCCGGUCCGCACCGGCGGCCACCAUGGCAAGGGAAAAUUCGGUGGAUUCUUAUUGGGGAGUGCUUGAAGGGGAUGAGGGUGUCAUGCGGGAAGGACAUGCGCGAAACGUAAACUUCCCUGGUCGGACUGGUUACAAUGAAUUUGAGGUCAGGGAAUUUAAAUAUGGCGGGGCUGAAAGAGACCAGGUGGAGGAAAGAUUAAGUGGGGAUAGAGAAAUCGAGGAUGACAUUACAGGUCUGAAAAACUCGCGCAGACGCAGUCAUGCAAAGAAACAAAAUGGUGACGUCAUAUCCAGUUCUUCAGACGAAAAUAAACCUCCGGCAAAAGUUUUAAAAUCUGUGCUAGACGAAUUUGAUGACAUUAUCAACAGCGUUCCAAGGGAUUACUCUUCGUCGAGUGAGGACGAAGCUGGGGGAGACGGUGGACUUGGUUCUGUUGUCAAAACUAUAAACACUAAAACGGAAAAAUACGGGAAUCAACGAGAACCUGGCGGAAAUGAGAAGGAUGACGUUGCCCUUUGAGGUGAACCACUCUCCUUUGAUGUCUACACUUUCCGGCGGAUGAGAGAGACUUUUGCUGAAAGCGAUAUUCAUCGCCUAGAAACAGUCCUUUAAAGGUAUUCUUGUGAUUAUUUGUGCAAUAUUGUAAAAGGAGUUAUUAGUACUUAUUCCAAUAUUUGUAUGAAUGUAGUGUAUAUAUCGAUAUUUGUGAUGUAAACUGCGAUGUCUUUUGGACAACAUUGGAGAUACAUACAUAUGAUUGUGUAUUUGUCAUCAAAAUGGCCUGUACUUCUUUUACCCGUGCUGACUUGUACCGACAGUGAGUCUCCUCCUUUCAAAGAAGGAAGGAUAUACGCACAACGACGGUAGAUCGGCAUUCUCUUACACUCUACCACUUGUUGGUUGUCAGUGUAGGGGCAACACCGACCUUUGCUAAAACCAGUUAAGGACGAACUUUACAUCCUGCUGUAUACGUUUUCAAUAUUUAGGAGAGGCAGGUUUCGCAACUCUUAUGACAGGCAUCAUGGACUAAGCUUGGCCAUUGAAUUUAUAGUCCAUAUAUAAUGCAAGGGGAAAUGGGGAGAAAUUCAAUGACUUUAUACCACAUGCCAAGAACAUCAAAACCAAAUUAAACGUGCCAACAAUGGGGUAAAAUUUGAUCCAAUUAUCAUUCAAUUUGAUACCUUAUAUCUACCGAUCAUCACAGGUUCAUGUGCUUUAGUGAUCUAUCUGAGGAGUUCAUAAGUUCGUCAUGCUCUAUAUACUUUUUCUAUCAUGCAUGGUUCAAUCCAAAAUGUGCUUGUUGUCCGUUAAAUCGUCAUAAGGUCAGGUCGAUGUACACACAUAAUGUACAUGUAUUAUUCAAUGUAUUACGUUUUAGGUCAGAGGUUGAUAAGUUAUCCUCGUGUCAACUUUUAGCUAUUGCGAGUGUCAUACAACAUGUAACGUUCUUAGUUGCUCACUUCGAGCAAUAUGUAAAGUUUUGAAUUGUUUGUCUGCGGUCGACCAAACUGAUUUCUUAUGACUUUUACAUUGAAAAUAAUGCAACACUGCAAUCAUGGUGUAUCGGAGGAGAUGAGAGUUACGAAGGAAUAUCCACUGUAAAUGUUCGAUGAUAUCAGGGGUUUUUUCUUAUGUAAACUUUUAUCUUGUAUACCAUAUGUAUUUCAUGUAUAUAUACAUGCCUAAUUCAUACUGUAUUUAUCAUCAAAU